CGCGAUGACGUCAGUGCGCCCGCGCGCGCCGAGGGAGGAGUGGGACCCCGCUGGUCGGGAAGGGCUCAGGUUCCGGUAACUCGGGCUGGGCGGGGGAGAGGAAAGGGCGGAGCUGGGAGCCCCCCCAGAGUGCGGGGUCGUGGCCUGGACUCGGCGCGGGAGCCCUAGACACGAUCAGCGCCGCUUCUUCGGCCAGCCGGCCCCGCCCGGUCCGGCGAUGGAGUUUCCGGACCUCGGGGCUCACUGUUCCGAGCCGAGCUGUCAGCGCUUGGAUUUUCUGCCGCUGAAGUGCGACGCCUGCUCGGGCAUCUUCUGCGCAGACCAUGUGGCCUACGCCCAGCAUCACUGUGGGUCUGCUUACCAAAAGGAUAUCCAGGUACCUGUAUGCCCACUCUGUAAUGUGCCUGUACCUGUGGCCAGAGGGGAGCCCCCUGACCGUGCUGUGGGGGAGCAUAUUGACCGAGACUGUCGCUCAGAUCCAGCACAGCAAAAACGUAAGAUCUUCACCAAUAAGUGUGAACGCUCUGGCUGCCGGCAGCGAGAAAUGAUGAAACUGACCUGUGAACGCUGUGGCCGAAACUUCUGCAUCAAGCACCGUCACCCACUGGACCAUGAUUGCUCUGGGGAGGGUCACCCAACCAGCCGGGCAGGACUUGCUGCCAUCUCCAGAGCACAAGCUUCUUCUACAAGCACCAUCCCCAGCCCGAGUCGGACAUUGCCUUCAUCUACUUCUCCCAGCAGAGCCACAACCCAGUCUCCAUCCCGGACAGCCCCUCCGGUGAUUGCUCUGCAGAAUGGCUUGAGUGAGGAUGAGGCUCUGCAACGAGCCCUAGAACUGUCCCUGGCAGAGACCAAACCCCAGGUCCCAAGUUCUCAGGAGGAAGAAGACUUAGCUUUAGCACAAGCACUAUCAGCAAGUGAGGCAGAAUACCAACGGCAGCAGGCGCAAAGUCGCACCUUGAAGCCGUCCAACUGCAGCCUGUGCUAGGGCCUUGGGCUUGGGGAGGGAGGCUCGGCUGAGGAGGACUGUGGCCCUCACACCUCUAGGGUACAGAGGGAGAGGAGGCUGGGAGCAGCCUGGAAGACUGAGGAGAAGGAGAAGAAACGGAGGCCCCCUCCAGGGAGCGUCAG